AUGGAGAUGAUCUUCUCCGGCCUCUUCUUCGUCUGGAUCGCAAAUUCGGUUGACGCCUUCAAUGACUUUCCGUCGCUGAUAUCCGCUAAUGCAUCGAUGGCGGUCGUUAUCGAUAAAGGUUUAUUCGACAAUAAAGCAGAAUAUCGGGAUGUUGUGAAAAACAUUUACAACUUCAUCGCGAACAUUACAAAAGAAGACAUACAUAUGGCUGACAUCGACGUGCACAUUUUUCGCGACACGAAGAUUAUAGAUAAUUUUCGAGAUUAUACGGCGCUUCUGUCAGUUGCAACAUGUCCUCAAACGUGGAAUCUGCACAAUAUAGCUCGUAAGGAUGAAAUCCUACAUUUAGCGAUAACAGAGCAAGAUUGUCCACGGUUACCAGAUUCGGAAGGUGUCAGCAUUCCUUUAGUAAUGUCGGGCAAAGAACUGUCUCAGAUCUUCUUCGACAUCAGAACGACCGACGCUUUGUUCUGGAACAAUGUCAAUAUAUUGCAUGACGAUACCUUCGAUAGAGACACAAUCAAUCGAGUCACAAAAGCUAUAUCGAUCUCGUUGCCAAACAAAAAACUCAAUUUAGUCUCCAGAUCGAUAUUUGAAUUUAAACACGCCGAUUCUGAGCGUAACAGAAGAUACUACAUAAAAGAAAUGCUUGAAAAUUUUCACGUGAACCAAUUGGGAAGAUGCUUCCUCGUAAUCGUCACGAUAGACGCAGCGGCCGACGUUAUGGAAGCUGCAAAGAUGCUGAAUAUGGCUCAACCUGACACUCAAUGGUUAUAUGUUAUUACUGAUACCGUGGUAGGAAAUUCUACAAACAUUACCAGUUUCGUCAAUCUAUUGACGGAAGGUAGCAACGUGGCUUUCAUUUAUAACGCGACAGACAGCGAUUCAUAUUGCAAUGACAAUUUAAUGUGUCGUAUCCACGAGUUAAUUAUGGCUUUGGGUAAUGCUUUGAAAUUAUCGUUGAUGACCGAAAUAGAAUUAUAUAGUCACGUGAGUGAUGAGGAAUUUCAAAUCAUCCGAUUAAGCAAGCGCGAAAGACGUCGAGAGAUUCUUAAACUCAUCAAGACGAAACUUGUCGAAGAUACCUUCGCCACGGGCGGCAUUUGCGGUAGAUGUCUGUUUUGGCGAAUCGCCUCGGCUAUAACUUGGGGCAACUUCUUCACUCACGGCAAGAGCACCGCGCACUUGAUCGAUUCGGGAUCGUGGAUUCCCACUCUCGGUCUGAAUCUGACAGAUGUCAUCUUUCCGCACGUCGCGCACGGAUUUCGAGGGAUCAACCUACCGAUCGCUACAUAUCACAAUCCACCGUGGCAAACCAUCUCCUUGACCAACUCCGGCAAAAAAAAAUACGGCGGACUAGUUUUCGACGUUGUCAAAUAUCUCGGAAAGAAAUUGAACUUUACGUAUUCUGUGCUUAGCCCGGCGAGCAAUCAGACCAUCAAGUUUACUCGGAACAAGACUAAAGCCGAUGUAGUGUUAACGGCGUCGACGAGAGAUAUGCCGCCGGAAAUAAUAGAUAUGGUCGUCGGAAAAAGAGUUCUCCUCGCAGCCUGCGCUUAUACCGUGAACGAUAUCGGAAAAAAAGAUAUCAAUUUCACCCUACCGAUUUUUAUACAGACAUACAGUUUCUUGACCGCGAAACCGGGUCAACUCACGAGAGCGUUGCUGUUCGCUGCGCCCUUCUCCAAGGAGACAUGGGCCUGCCUGGCAGCAUCUAUUAUUAUAAUGGGCCCGAGCUUGUACCUGAUUCACAAGUACAGUCCGAGCAGCACGAAGACGUCGGGGCUGAACUCGUCCUGGCAAUGUGUAUGGUACGUCUACGGUGCCCUUCUUCAGCAAGGAGGGAUGUACUUACCUCAUUCCGAUAGUGCCCGCUUGCUGGUCGGCAUCUGGUGGUUGGUCGUGAUGGUUGUGGUGGCGACUUACUCCGGAAGUUUGGUCGCAUUUCUGACAUUCCCGAAUAUGGACUCCGCCAUCCUGACUGUGAAUGCCCUCAUCGCUAAUAAGAAUAGAAUGUCCUGGGGCUUUCCUAAUGGCAGCUAUCUUGAGGAGUAUCUGAAAAAUGCAGAGGAGGAGAAAUAUCAUAUUCUGCUGAAGCGAGCUAAAAUUCAUAACGUGACGGAAGAGGCGGAAAUGCUCAAGAAGGUAAAGGCGGGAAAGCACGCCUUAAUCGAUUGGAGGAGCACAUUGAGAUUCUUGAUGAGAAACGAUCUGUUGUUAACCGAGGAGUGUGCUUAUUCUUUGAGCACUGAGGAAUUUAUGGACGAACCAAUAGCGAUGAUCAUUUCGCAAGACAGCCCUUAUAUAAAGAUCAUCAAUGCAGAGUUACAUCGCAUGCACGAAUCUGGAUUGAUGACCAAGUGGAUAACGGAGCAAAUACCGACGAAGGACAAAUGCUCGGACAUUUCUCUGAAUCAAGGUGUAGACGAACGUAAAGUAAACGUGACGGAUAUGCAAGGCAUCUUUUUCGUGCUUUUCAUGGGCGUGACCGGAUCGAUAUUUCUCCUUUGCUGCGAGUUUUUCUGGCACAGACAUCAAGUGGCAAAGCGACGUAAAUUGAUUCAACCUUUUCUCUCCUGAGUUCGAUCCAGUAUCGGAAUUAGAUGUAAACGCUAUCUUCUUCUAUCUCUCCUACCAAGCAGCUUCGCCGCGAACCUUCGUAAUAUUCCUCGAUGUAGGAUGAAACGUUCGAGAAAACGAUGUUCGAAAUAGAUAUUACCGAUAAAAACACGUGUAAUAAAGUUGUACAAGUUUUACCCUCAAGUCAAAGAAACUCGGAUAGAAUCAACAAUAGAAAUAUGA